CACAACGACAACACGAACAAAAUGUUUCUGAUCGUGGCUAUCUCGUUAUUUGGCUUGUUCAUUAUUGUGCUUUAUGUACUUUCUCCUUUGAUAGCUCCAAAACCAUUUAAACUUGAAGGGUCUCAUGUCAUGGUAACCGGGGGAUCAAGUGGAAUUGGUCAGGCUAUAGCCGUGGAAGCAGUCAAGGCAGGAGCUAAUGUUUCACUGUUGGCAAGAAAUCAGGCAAAGCUUACAGCUGCUAAAGCUGAUGUGGAAAAAUAUGUGAAAAAUAAAGAUACUCAGAAGGUACAGUGUAUCUCUGUGGAUCUCUCCAGGGACUUCUCAGAGGUAGAGAGGACUGUCAAGGAGGCAGAACAAAAUCUGGGACCUGUUCAGAUGUUGAUAAACUGUGUCGGUACCUCGAUCAGUGGUGUAUUUGAGGAAAUACCACUGACAGAGUUUAAGCGUAUGUUAGAUAUCAAUUACAUGGGGAGUGUGCAUGCCACUCGAGCUGUAGUCCCCAGUAUGAAGUCUCAGCAGCAUGGUAGGAUUGUGUUUGUGUCCUCCCAAGCAGGGCAGCUGGGUCUGUUUGGUUACACUGCAUACUCUGCCUCAAAAUUUGCACUCAGAGGUUUGGCAGAGGCCUUACACAUGGAGUUAAAACCUCACAAUAUUUAUGUGUCCCUAGCAUUUCCACCUGAUACAGACACUCCAGGAUUUGCCGAGGAACAAAUUUCUAAGCCAGAAGAGACAAGGCUGAUCUCAGAGACUGCUGGACUAUUUAAGCCUGAUGUUGUUGCCAGGUCCAUCUUGUCUGAUGCUCUGCUAGGACGUUUCCUGUGUUAUAUCGGCGUGGAUGGAUACAUGCUGACAUCCCUGACUUGUGGAAUGUCACCUGUCAUUUCUAUAACAGAAGCCACUCAACAGGUUGUCACUAUGGGUCUCUUUCGAAUUAUCUCCCUUUUCUACCUCGAUAGUUUUGACAGAGUCGUGAGAAAGUGCAAAGAAAAACGAGAACAGAACAAGUCAAAGUCAUCCUGAUCAUUUUGUAUGUAAUGUAGACAUCUUAGGACAUAAAAGUUAAUGAAAAAAAUAGAACUUAAGAAUUUAAGUACACAUGUAUUUGAACUAUUUAAUUUUGGAGAAAACAAUUCAAAAAUAUGUACUGGGACAGGAAUUUAUGGAUGUAGAAUUUGGAAUAUAGUAAAGGAGUUUUAAAAAGUGUUGUGCUGCAUUUAAGCAUUUGAAAAUCAGGUGGACCCUUGUGCUGCUGUUUACAGGUACUGAAGAUGUUUUUUAUAUGCAGAUUUUUUGGAUGAUAGCAUGUCACCCUUGGCAUUGUGCAUGAGCUCUUUGUCAUUGUUUAUGAAAAUCUUUGACCAAAACUCAUGAUAAAAUAUGCAAACACAUGAAGUCUCGAAGAACAAUCGCAUCCAACAAGCUGUACCAUAAUGAUAAAAAGCAUUAAUUUUUUUCAUACACAUACAUAAUUUCCUUACUCUUCCUUUGCUCAAAAAAUUACUUGCAUGUGUGUGCAUAGGUCUACACCCAAGAAUAUAAAAACUUGCCAGUAAAGUAAAAUAUUUUAUUUGAUAUGUAAUUUCCUAUAUUGUUAUUCCCCGAAUGAAGAAAGUAGGUCAUGAGUUCUGGCCGAGUAGUUCAUAGGCUUGCUUUUCAGUUGACACACGAUGUCUGGGUUCAAUUCUAGUCUUUGACAAGGAAGUAGUACAUUCUCCUGCUGUUACUGUUUUGUGAAGCCUCGGGCAUCAAUGAUGUGUUUGCACUGUCUAAAGCUCCGUGAAAAUCACUUGUCUUUCACAAAUACAGAUAUAUGGCAUAUGAUAUAUGACGUGCAUGUCUAUAUUCCACACAUGGGAAAGUUUGUCUGUACUUCGCCAAAUGCUGGUAGUUUUUACCCUGUGCUAAGCACCACCGUGGAAAGGAAAAAUUGUUGAGUAAGCACCACCGUGGAAAGGAAAAAUUGUUGAGUAAGCACCACUGUGGAAAGGAAAAAUUGUUGAGUAAGCACUACCGUGGAGAGGAAAAUUUCUUGAGUACUAAAUUGUCAUUAAAUUACCAAAUCAUGAUUGCACCCAAUAAACAUUCUAUAUCGAGAGAGACAUUGCCUCGUGCUGUGAGGUUCAUACAGCCCCUCUGCUGUGCCAACUAAAUCUGUGUACACAGUCAUAUGAGAAGA